AUGGGUACAUUUAAGGUAGUUUUCUACACAAAGGGUUGUUAUGUAAAAGAUCCUGACCUAAAAUAUAAUGGUGGUGAAGUGUAUGCGUUUAGUAGUCAAGAUCCAGCUAUGUUUGUUCUUGGGAAUAAAUGUGAAAUUGAGAUAUACUGUGAGCCAAAACUAGAUGAAGGAGACUUCACAUUAAUGGAUAAUGCUAGAGAAAAAGGGAAGGGUAAGUCUUGUGAAGAAGACAAGGAAAAAAUAAGCGACUGCAGUGGUGAAUCUAGUGAUGAAUCUGUGAGGGAUGUUCACUUUGAUGAUAACUAA